AUGGAAGUGUGGCAGACUAAGCAGACUGAGUUUUCUGUACGAGACGGAGUCAAAGGAAUAUACCGAGUAGACGUUGAUAUUCCAUCUCCCGACUGGGCCCACAUUGCCGAUUUCUACAAUGUUCUCGUCUUCAACACUGGUCACUGGUGGGGCUACGACAAAUUCCCGAAAGAGAGUCCUCUCGUAUUCUUCAAGAAUGGAGAGCCAAUACAUCCUUCUCCGAAUAUGUUUGAAGGGUUCAAAAUUGUUGUUGAAAAUAUGGUUUCCCACAUUGAGAAAUCAUUCCCCAAAAACGUGCUCAAAUUGUGGCGGCUUCAAUCGCCGAGGCACUUUCAUGGUGGAGAUUGGAAUCAAAACGGAACUUGCUUGUUCGAUGACCCUCUUGAACAAUUUCAGCUUGAUUUAUGGUUUGAUCCGAGUAAUAACGGAGUGAACAAAGAAGCUAGAAAAUUGAAUCGUGUAAUUGAGGAGUCACUGAAAGGAACGAGUAUCAGAAAACUCGAUCUGAGUCAUCUAAGCGAGUUCAGAGCCGAUGCACAUCCAGCUAUUUGGUUAGGGAAGAAGGAUGCAGUGGUUGUGUGGGGCCAGGACUGCAUGCACUGGUGCCUGCCAGGUGUCCCCGAUACGUGGGUCGAUAUCUUAGCGCAAUUUAUCAGCUACACCUUUCGAAACUAGUUUUUUUUUUCCAAGAAAUAGAAUUACAUAUUUAGAGUUGUGAUGUUUUAUUUGUUUUUGGGUGCAAAAGUGAGGGAGAUGGAAUUCGACUUGUUAGUGAUGAGCUAGUGAGUUUCUUGAGAGAUUUAGGGUUACAAAAUUUGUCGGGCGAUUAGUUGUUCGUUCUAAUGUUGUCGGAACUUGUAGGUUUGAUGCUCUAUAGUUGUGAGUGAAAAGGCACCAUUGUGAAGUUUUUGAUUUGUAAUGAGAUUGUGUGUUGUUCUUCUGCACUUUCUUUGAAUUAAUGUUGUUUAGAGUACAUGUUAGGGUAAAUUGCGGCCACCUCCUUGAGGAAAGGUCGAAUUAUGAAGAAAAAAA